UUUUUAGUCAUACUGAAAGUGAAAGUAAGAAUGAAGGCGCGUGGCUGCACAGACUUCAGUCAAAUCCAAUGUGUGCUGCCGGAGUGCGGCUUGCUGCCACGAAAAGGGUUCCAUCGUCGAAAUGAAAAGUGACAGACGAUCAAACGACAUGCUUUAGGUAAACAACAAUGGCCUCUGCUGGUAUCCUGUUGUGGUUGCUGAUAACGAUCUGUGUCAGUGGACAAACUACGAGGACCAACUCUUUCGUGACCGUGGAAUGCAAGAUGGACAACGUGGGCAAAUAUGGUAAUCAAUCAAUGUUGAAUUGUGGCAUCGUAACCGCAAAAGAGGCCAGAGAUGCAACUGUCAUGAUGGUUACCUGGAAGAAGGACGGCGUUCUCCUGCUGGGGUUUGAAAAACCUUCAAAACUUAAUGAGUCGCCAAGAUUUUCCUUCACUAAGUCGUGGAGUAUGAAGAACAUGAACGUGUCCCUGCUUAUUGCUAACACGUCAGUGGCUGACCAGGGAGAGUACACAUGUGAGGUGGUUACUGACAGAGGUCGGCAUGAAACCUCAGCCAACCUUUCUGUCGCAGCCAGAUACAGCCAACCAACCAUCCUCUACACCCCCAUGGAUGUCUCGCCAAAGUCACAAGUCACCUUGACCUGCAGCUCAGAAGGCGGCUACCCAGAGGGCAGACUGGGUUGGUUUUUGGGACCCACGAGAAAGGAAUUCGGAGAUAGUAAAACCGAGGUGAAUGUGACACGAAACGGACUGUUCCACCUAUCCAGCAAGCUCAAUGUGCCGCCGGAGAUGACCGCCUCUGAGUACACCUGCAAGGUGUACAACGCCAAUGGCGGAGAGGACGACAAGGCCACACUGAUAUCCCCCAAAAAGAGUCAAAGUCUGGGAAAACCUAAACAAGGCACUGAUGUGGUCACUAAAACAAUGGCGCCAUUGGUGUUUUUGGGCUCUCUCAUCGUUGGACUGCUGCUGUGGAAGCGGAUCCGCAAGGGGUGUUUUCAAGGGUUCCGCAGAUAUCGAAAAAAAGACGAUGCAGAGCAAGGUAAUUCUGAAGAACAAGUUACCAUUGACCCAGAAUACGAAGAGAACUCCUGAGUGAGGAAAUGGUGUGUACCACGUGACUUACACCAACCCUAACACCAGGAAUGAGCAGAAAUUAUUUGUAAUAAUGUGAUUGAUUAACUGAGCCGUGAGAAACACUAACAGAGGACUAAUCAAAACUAUUGAGGAAGUAUUAAGAAAAGACACUAAUGGUGCUAUAAAAGCUUUCUAUUGGACGAGGUAAUAUGAUAAUAUUUUAGGACUUUGACUUGAAUAGGUCCUGCAGAUAUUCACUAAUGGCCACUAAAGGUGCGCAACCGCAUGGAUUUUGGCUGUGUUGUAUUCUACCCUUUUGAUUCAAGUCCGUCACUGUGCGCCUUCAUCCAAAAUGCGUGCUUUGGAUGGAGCAAGCCUUAAAGUACCAUUAGAGCAGUGGUUCUUAACCUUGUUGGAGGUACCAAACCCCGUUAGUUUCAUACGCGCAUUCACCGAACCCUUCUUAGUGAAAAAUAGAUAUAUUUUUUUUAAUUCAAGACAAAGUUAGGUGUUUUUGGUAACAAUUUAGUAUGGAGAACAUAUUCUAAGUAACAAAGACUUAAUUUAAAGGUUUUUCGACACUAGGGGAACAUGUUCUAAGUAACAAAGACUUAAUUUGGAGUUAUUUGGUUAGGGUUAGGGUUUAGGGUUAGAGGGUUAGGGUUAUAAUGAGGCCGUGCCGAAUAAGGCAUUAAUAAGUACUUAAUGAUGACUAGUUAAGAGCCAAUAUGUUACUAAUUUGCAUGUUAAUAAGUCACUAAUUAAUGGUGAAUAUGUUCCCCAUACCUAAGUGUUACCAUGUUUUUUUUACGGGUGCACAAAAUGAACCGUGUGUGAACAUCACUUUGUUCAAAGAACAAAACCAACACGGUGCAUAAACUCACAACAAAUUACACACCUGCAAAUCAGUGUCACUUCUGCUGUUGCCGUAUCCGUAAUACGCCGAUAAGAAGUUUUUAUUGAGACGAUGAGUCGGGUGUGUUUUGACCUCUGCCGAACCCCUGAGGCUAACUCACCGAACCCCUAGGGUUCGAUCGAACCCAGGUUAAGAACCACUGCAUUAGAGUUUAAAAACAAGUUCACUUUAUUUGUUUAUUUUAUUUUUAUCGUAUCCAUUAAACCAUAUCCAAUUGUAUUUGCAAUCCGAGAAGUAUGAGAAGACACCGUUCAAACAUCACAAAAUGCCACACAUUCAGUCGGACAUUGUGAAUAUUCCGCUACGAACACCUUCGGUAAUUUCCAUAGUUUCUACGGCACGAGAGUAACAUUUCUAGACUCUGACCAUGUUGUCAGAUCAGUUGUACUGAAAAUAUGCAAACAUGUAAAUGCAAUCUGGUAUUUAUCAUUUACAAUCCUUAUGUAAACCAAGAACACAUGUUUAGCUUUUUUUAUGCAUUCAAAAUCGUAAAUAAAUAGCUAACUACUGAGUCAACAGAUCGAGGGUCCUCUGUUGCGUUAUACUCUCUCUCUAAAAAAAUAGAAACCGCCAACAAUACUCCAUUUAUGUGUCGUCAACCACUCAUUUUGAUGAUCAAUGAACUAUGUGACUACUUAUUAGAAAAUACAUAUAAAAUAUAUUGUUUAGUUAUUGAUUCCAUUGAUUUUUUGACAGUUAAUAUGAAACACCCACCCUUCCCUCCACAAGCAUACACGCACACACACACAAAAACACACAAACAACAGCUUCACAAAUAUUUCUACGAAACAGAACUUUUAACAUCACAAUUAACAUCAGGUCGAUUAAAAUAAUAUGUUAAACAAAGUUUGAUCUACAGAUUAAUAUUCCCAUCCAGCCCGGAAGAAGAAGCUAUUGUAGCUUGCAUACACACACUACAUCACCAUGGCGUAACACGUACGUGACAAGCACUGCCUGGAUUGAUACGGCCUUUUCAAAUGUAUGAAAGUUAUAAUUUUCUUUGAUUUUAAUGACAUUCACGAGUGUUAAUACAUUUUCCAACGACCCAAAAAAGACAUCAUGGCAAAGUCCGCCUCUUAAGUAAUGAGCUCACCUUCAUUCCAGACGUACACACUUUUGCCUCACUUACGGUCGGUCCCUGUCGGCGUGUCCCUCGGCUGGGUGUGAGAAUUUGAAAGAAAGGAACAUGCAUAAUUAUAAGCGCGGAAAAUAAGGCCAUCUAUAUGCAUCAUAUCCCGGUGGGACCCAGAAAAACAAACAUUUUGAGUGCCAACUGAAUAAGUUUUGGUCCCAUCAUUGUUUACAUUUUGAUGAGAGUAACAAUACAUUUAUAUAUCAAACAAACAAUGCAGUUUGUAGCUCUAUUCGCCUAUAUUUUUGUAUUCCAUCCUUGUCGUAAAAUUGGACAUGGAAAAAAUCAUUGCUCUAAUGUGAAAUGUUCUUCAUUUUGGUAAUAUGUAAAUGUAGUGUCACUUUUUGUAUUAAUUGAAAUAUGAAUAACGCCUGCAUGAAGCGUUUUUUCCUCACAUGCCUUUCUGCAACUUCAUGCAUUUGGCGUUUUCACUACAGAGGGGCCCGAGGCCCACUUAAAUAUUAACAGAAAAUUCACAAUAUUACUCUUGUAUUUAAUCAUAUUCAAUAAACAUUAAGCUAGGUCAGGCUGAUUAAAAAAUAAAAAGUACGAACCAAAUAUACAGCAUAAGAAGGGAGUCAUAAAUAACGGAGGAAAAGUCAAUUGACAUACAAUUAUGUUGUGCUAAAAUAAAAUAACUAAAUUAUGUUUCUUAAAUAAACUGCCAAUAAAUUAAAGUGCAAAUGAAAAAACAGCUUCACCUCUUUAGUCAUCAUUUUUGCGGUUAAGAAUCGUCUCUGACUUAAGCGCCAGACUUCUUCUCUUUGUUUGAUAUUGUCAUUACUGCCACAAGUGGUAGAAAAGUGUAUUUCAACUGAUUACCACUGCGGCCCAUACGUCCCACAGCUGAAAAACUGAUAUUUUAUCGCGGCCCUCUCAUACAAUGGCAGAGCCGAGUAUAGAGAGAGUAUGGCCAACUCGCUUUCAAAGCUGGUAGCAGCCAAAUGGCGCCCUGGAGUCACGUGAGGGCCUUUUGACCCAUCAUUUAGGAGAUUCUCUGGCCGUAAUCCUUCUGAUUGGUCAAAAGCACCCCAUGUGACUACAGGGAUGCCAUUUUACUGCCAAUUUUUAAACCAAGUUGGCUAUGCUCUCUCUAUACAUGACUCUGAACAACGGGCCCCGGCCAUAUGUUAAAGAAACACUGCUGUAGUGCAUUACUACAAAUGCAAUCCUUUGUCUCAGAAGGUUAAAAUAGUUCCUUAGGUUAAAAGGCACCGAUGGCGAUUUUAAUCUACAUUGAUUGAUUGAUUGAAACUUUUAUUAGUAGAUUGCACAGUUCAGUACAUAUUCCGUACAAUUGACCACUAAAUGGUAACGGUGGAAGUUUUCUGCGUCUCUCCCGGGCUUUUUCGGCCAACAGUACCACACAGGCUCAGGAUGCAGGUUUGACACCGUAUUUAUUUUCUUACAACAAUUAAUUUCCGUUCAGUCUUUCCAGCUGUCUCUUCUCUCGUUCGUGUCUUUCGCUCGUCUCUCUCUGGGUCGCUCUCGUCGUCUUCGUGGUCUUUGUUGUCCCAUGUUUCCUCUCCUACUUCUGCCACGAUUGCUCCGCCUUCUCCCCUUUUAUGCUGCAGCAGAAGAUGCAGGGAUUGAGAUCAGGUGUGUCGUUUACGCACCUGACUCGGAUUGCUGCAUGCCCGCCUCUCCGUUUCGCUGCAUGCUCCGCCUCCUGGCCGCCAUCUCGGUUAGGACCGCUGUCUGUCCUACCUUGCUGUCGGCUCGUCGGCUCCGUCUCUCCACAGUAACACCCGAAUAAGUUUUUCAACUUGUUUAAGUCGGGGUCAAUGUUAAUCAAUUCAUGGUAAUUUACAUUUGCAACACUUCCUUGUGGUGUAGGUCAGUGGUUCUCUAACUUUUUCUUUUACCACCACAGAAAAUACUUGGCUCUCCAAGUAACAAUAAAAUACAGUAUUGUAGCAGGCCUAAGUAUUUAUUAACUAGGUUUUAUUUAACAAGUAUUUUUAAUAUUUGGCCACGGUGACAUUGCACACCGUUUGAAUAAAAGAAAACCAAACACUAUACUUUAAUGAAGUGAUUCUUUGGUGUUCCACUAGAUGGCGUUUACGAAUCACUGGUCUCGAUAAUAUGUAUUGGAUUUGCUUUGGUGUAAAUGUCGCUCCACUGUCACUUUUAUAAACCACGUUUUGAGUGGCUUACAACGUAAAUGAAACCAUGCCCGACCCUCUUCGAAAGUGUCCAUUUUUUAAAAAUGUACACGUUUGUGUACGUUUGGAAGAUGAUUGUCGCCGCUUCUUUUUUUCCAGACAGGCUCCAAAAAAACACCCUCCACGAACAUUAUGUGGACUCACUCGGUCCUGACAUUAAGUACGCCUGCACGCUGGCUAAGGGCAGCAUUGAAAAUGGUUUGUACAAUUUUGACCAAAGAACCACAGAUGACACGUUAUGUAAACCCCAAGGAAGUGUUUUUAGUGUAGAGCAACAAUCAUUUUAUGACACCAUUAAAGGCAAAUAAUUAGAUUAGAUUAGAUAGUCCGUCUGGAGAGUUCCGAGACCGAACAGGAUCGCUGACGGGUUUGCCGGCUUCCAGCGCCCCUUAUAAAAAAGAUGAGAUACAGGUAAACAAGGGAGUGGGAGGUGGGUGGGGGGGAGAAAAAAAUAGAAGAUUAAAAUAAAAUUAAAAAAUGGGUCUUAGCCUGGGCCCUGGAGAGGAGGUGCAGACUGAGGCCAAGGGGAAAAAAACAACUCAUAGCCAUAGAACACAUCCCUCUUACAUGUGUGUAAGAGGGAAACAUCAAACAACUACUGCACACGCAAUGCGGUAAAAACAUGUUAACAGUUUCAGACCCUGACCUUUGUGCCAAAACAAGGUAAUGAACACCUCGUACACGGCUGGAUGAUUACUUUGCAACAUUGUAAAAUAUUCAUGCAGCUACUUUAAUCUCCGACUUGCCUGUAUGACUAUGUUUUUGUUGUUGCCGUGCAGCAGGACAUCAACAAGGAAAAGUACCUUCCAUGUAAGGACCGGUGAACAAGUUAGGACAUAAAUCAUGGUCCCAAUAAGGAAAACCAUUGCAUCUAAUAGAGAAUGUCUCAUUUGCACCCCAGGUGGUGAAAUGAUCAAAGUUAGGGUGGUCCCAAAAAGGAGGGAUUUUUCAAAUUGACAGUGUGUCGGUUUUAAAAGUGCUCCCCCUCUGGUCAACAUAUGAAAUAACAAGUGUGUGUGAAAAUUUGAAGUGCUCCCCCUCUGGCCAACAUAUGUAAUAAGUGUGUGUAAGAAAUUGAAAUGCAUACUGUGAUAACAUUAAGUAAAUAAUGAAGAUUAAAACAACAAUUAACAACAACAUUUUCCUAUUAGUAUCACUAUGAUUAUUAAAGAACCAUUUGGAUAAACUGAUGUUGUUGUUGUGCUGGGACUCUUCACCCGUGAGCGUACUCCAGUUAGGGAAUAAGGACACCGUUUUUACGCUUCAACUUCUUCUUUAUAUGUAACUUUUAGCAGCAGCUAAGUGCACUCUCACAUACACACUGUUUAACACACUGACUCAAGGACCCCGAGAAGUAAACAUAGCUGCUCGGUAAACUGCCGGACUCCAUCAGACUCAACUUAAAGGUGCAUGACUACAUUAAUAGCUUGUUAUGUCAACAAUAAUAUAGUCAAUUAUAUUCAACAAUGAACAUAUAAAAUAGGGAACUUUAUCCUCUAUCUUAAUCACUGACAAAGGGAAUUUAUAACAAUAAUCAUGAACUGAAAGAUUACCUUUUUUUAUUUUUCCAUAGUUUGUAUAUAUAGUUAAUGUUGUAAAUACAAACCUUUACAUAUCUAAAAAGGGUGGUCCUAAAGAGGUAUGCAUUUUUUGGAGGUCUCAAGAAGAUAAGAAAUACAAGAGUGUGUGUGCGUGUAUUUGUGUGUAUAUGUGUUCUUGUAUUCCUACCCUUUUUGAUACAUCAACAAGGAAAAGUACCUUCCAUAUGAGGACCGGUGAAUAAGUUAGGACUCAUUGAUUGAUUAACGUGGACCCCGACCUAAACAAGUUAAAAAACUUAUUCGGGUGUUACCAUUUAGUGGUCAAUUGUACGGAAUAUGUACUGAACUGUGCAAUUUACUAAUAAAAGUAUCAAUCAAUUUAAAAAAAAUCAUGGUCCCAAUAGGGAAAACCAUUGCAUCUAAUAGAAAGCCAAAUACUAGAGUCCGUGAACAUUGCUCCAAAGUCUGGAUUUUUUUAAUUUAUUUUACUUGCACACAAAAGUAAAUAAACAUUGACAGGUGCAAAGGCAGCAAUAUAUGAUAAAACAAGACGACAGCUAAAAAAGGACUUCCCUAUUCAUCCCCGAAAAAAAAACGCCAGGGUGAACAGCUGAUUUUACGACUUCCGGUGCUGAUGUAAGGCAACCCGCGUUCCAUUUGUGACCAUAGGAUGAACAAAUACACUACGGUACUAAGACUAUAGUGGCCAUUAACAGUUAGCUUCCACAGCUGGGUUGCCCAAAGUGCGGCACAGGGGGCCAUCUGUGGUCCCUGACUCAUUUGCCAUCGGCCCUAAGCAUAUUACAAAAAAUAGAGAUCUCAUUUGCACCCCUGGUGGUGAAAUAUUUUAUCACAACAUUGCCAAUUGCCAGUGACAUUUUUUUAAUAAAAUGAUGACUUUUGUCAUAACUUUGCCAAGCGAAGUUCCCUUUAUUAUUAUAAUAUUGCCAACAUUUUACAGUUUUCUUAUAAAAUUGUGACUUUUGUCGCGUAAAAUGACGACUCUUUUCAUAAAAUCUCCAAAAUGUUAAGCUUUUCUUGUUAAAAUGCGACUGUUUGUGAGUAAAAUUCCAACUUUUAUCAUAAUAUCGCUAACAUGUUCAGUUUUUCUUGUAACACUCUGACUUGCGUCGAGUAACAUUACGACUUUUAUUAUAAUACUGCCAAACUUUUUCUUGAGAUUUUCCUACAAAUUUUUCACAACAAACUUUUUUAUAUUUGCAUAGUAUAUAUAUAUAUAUAUAGAGUUUUAUGGAGGUCUCAAGAAGAUAAAAAAAAUACAAAAAUGUGUGUGUGUGUGUGUGUGCAUCUGUGUGUUUCCACAUUCCACAUAACUCAAACAUCCCUCUCGUGAACAAUCAGGAUAAAAAACAGACCAACACAAAUAUCCCUCUCAGUGUUUCUCACAUUCCUGUCUUUUUGUGAAUAUAUUCAAGCUCAGCGUCCUGUGACUUAUGUGUAGCACCACUUGGAAUGAACUCAAUAUAAACACUUACUUUGUGCCGCGCAACUAUCAAGUCCCAAGCUAUUUAAGGCUGACUUACAAAGGCAGUGCGUGCGUGCUUGUGUGCACAGAACAUUUUACCAGCAUUAGAAAAAGUACACACUUCCUCAAUCAGGCACAUUAUUAAUUAAAUAGAACAACAUAAUUUUCAGUUUUGUUUUUCAUGUGUUCAUAGAAAUGUGUCAUGUGUCUGUAUGAGAUUGACAUGAUUAUUUCUGUCGCUUUAUAAUAAGAUUUUUGAUUUUUUUAUAUAUAUAGAUAUAUAUAUACACUGCACAGCAAUGCAACAUUUGUGAUAACUGGAAAAUGUGUGAUUUUAUUUGUACAAUUGAAACAUAAUUAAUAAAUAAUGUACCCAAAAUAUAUAAUACAAAA